AUGAGUCUCUUAAGAAAAUCACUUAUCAUUUCGGCAAUUUUGGCCGCUUAUAUCUUUGCAGUAGUAUUCUCUGUAGAUUCAAAUACUGGAAAUAAUGUUUGUGACAUAUCCAAGAAAGACCUAUUUAAUGGAACUCAAAAUCCUAAUGGUGAAUGUGUAACUACAGUUAUGGGAGAAAUUCCAAGCAAGAAACAAAUGGUUUCAACUGUAAUCCGUUUCCCAAAGAAUAAUGAUAAGAUUCCGGCUAACACAGCAUUCACUAUUAGAACCAAAACAAUUAACUUAAGAACUGGCUUUUUCGAUGAUCCCGUAAAACAAUAUUACAUCUUCCCACAAACUCUUGAUAAUGAUGGAUUUAUUCAAGGCCAUUCCCACGUAACAGUUCAAAAAAUUGAUAAUCCUGAUGAACCUCUUAAUCCCGAAAUCUUCGCUUUCUUCAAAGGUUUAAAUGAUCCAGCAGACGGCAAUGGUGAAUUAACCGCAUUAGUUGAAAAAGGCUUGCCAGCUGGUGACUAUCGUCUUUGCACCAUGGUUUCUUCAUUUGCUCAUCAACCUGUUUUAAUGCCUGUUGCUCAAAGAGGUAAUUAUAAUUAUAAAAUUUUUUGUAAUUUAUGA